CACAUUCCCACACACUUCCCCACACAUACCCCCACACACCCCCAACACUCCCCCACACUCCCACACACUUGCCCACACAGGCUGUGGAGAAUGCAGAGAGCACCAGGGAUGUCACUGAUCCGCAAGGUCCCGGGUUCGAGUCUGUGGCGAGAUAAGACGACCUUGACCCGCUUGUUCCUGGCCUGGUCCUGUGUUCUGCUGGUGACCUACAUCUCCUAUACCUAUAGCCCCAAGUACAGGCGGAAUCGGGUGGAAUUAGGUCAAGGUCAGGCACCGAGGGAACUAGGUCAAGGUCGGGUCAUGGUGGGAAAGAGGUCAGUGUUGAGGGCGCCGGUGAUCCACAAUGUUGGGGAGAGCGAGGCGGUUUUGUCCCGUCAUAUAGCCCACAGAUCCUUCACUAGCCACGAGGCUCAGGGGAGCAACUGGUCGUCUGGCAAACCUGACGAGGCUACAGUUGACGAAUUGAACCCCAGCCCUCAAGCAAAGACGUCAGGUAGUUUAUUGAACAUAUCAGAAGGCAGGGAACCGACUUCUGUGUCAGCCACUGGUCGGAAGCAGCAACAGGAAUGGGGCGCGCGCUCAGUGUAUGGGAACUUGAUGGGCGCUUUGUGGCGGAGACUGGGGCUCAACGGCUCCCGGGAAACACGCGGGAAACUCUCCCAGGCCUGGCCCAGUCCUGCUGACCUGUGGGACGGUGACGUCACUGACACACUUCUCCCGCCCAAGCAAGGUGGCAAGACAGCAAGACAGACACAGAGGAUUGAACCCAAACACCCCGCAGAGCUGAGGAAGAAGAACCGACACUGGACCAUUGAGUACGCUGGUCAGUUCAGCCCCGCCCUCUUCUCUCCACCAAAGGGGGAAUAUCCUUUCCAGAGAUUCCCAAAGGCAAUCAUCAUAGGUGUUGGCAAGUGCGGCACACGUGCACUCAUCGAGUUCCUCAAGAUGAGUCCCUAUAUCGUGGCCGCCAACUCAGAGCUGCACUUCUUUGACCUUGACGUGAACUUUGAGAAAGGUCACGACUGGUAUCGAUCCCAGAUGCCUCUGUCGUACAGUAAUCAG